ACGUGAUUGGUUAGUCAAGCUUGAGAGCGAAGUGGAAGGUCGUCAGCCAUCUUUGAUAUUGUUAUCGUGAAAUCGUGGUAAGAUUUAGUCCGUAAACAAAGUGGUCAUGAGUCAGAGUGGCUCUUUUAAAGUCGAGAGGAUGGAUGAGGAGACGAAAAAUUUAACACAUUAUACAAAAGAGGACUUUUCAGAGUAUAUGUGGAUGGAAGAUAUGGAAAAUUACGAUCGAGUAAUUCAAUCUGAAAUCGAAGAGGAAAAUUACAUCCGGAAUUCAAUAGAGUUGCUUUUAGACGAAGAGGAGAGAGAGUUUGUGCAUUUUACGAGCUCGGGGGAACCACAUAUCCAGUUACCGAAGGAUGUCAACGCUGAUGAUCCUAAUCAAUGCAAUGGGAAUGGCCUUGCAGAUCAUUUCGAUUACAUGAAUGUGAACCAAGAACUUGAUCCCCAGCAGUUUCAUUGCAAUGGAUCAAAUCAGUGGCAUGACUACCAAGGCCAGACAGGGGGAAAUUUUUACUACCCGAACAACUAUCAAAUGUAUCCCCCAAACAACUUCGCCUUCAACGGCUAUGUUCAAAACGACUACCACCACCAACGUAACAACUACAACUCGCCUGUUUUACCACAGGGCAACCAAGUGUCACAACAUCACAAAGAAAAAACAACAUACCAUCUGAACCCAAAUGCAACAGUGUUUAUACCAGGUGGAUCAAAAUGAAGAUUUUGACUUAUUUAAUUUGUAUCUGUAAAGUCAAAUUGAAUUUAUAAUAAAGUAAGAAGCCAAUAUUUAAUAAUUUUUAGCCUAAUACAGCUUUUUAAGUCUUUAUAAUACAUUAAGAUUUAAUCCAGUUUCAUAACUAACCAGACUGAUGCAUGUACAGUUUUAUUUUAUCUUACGACUAUUUCUUGUGUAAGAAGAAAUUGGUGUCCUACUCUCCUUGUGUUGAGAAUCUGUAAAAAAGAAAACAAAUUUAAACCUAGUCAGAGGCACCUUGUAACUGUGAAGUACAAUUUUAACUCUUAAGUUUUCUUGUGCCAGAAAUUUGUUUAUAUACAUUCAAUGCUCUUUCAGUUUAAGCAAUAACAUUAAAAAGGUAAAGAUGUAAAUAUUUUAUUGGCAUAAUUUGUACUUGUCUUUCUUUGUUCUA